UGACUCCUUGAUUCUCCUUCUUUCCAUGUCAAAAUUUCAUUAUGUUAACCCUCAAACAUUCUCCAAGCUUAUCCUUCUCUCUUAACCAUCAGUACCUAACGAUUCCCAAGAACUUAUAAAAAAGGACUUCGUGGUGUUUCAAAAUGUCAAACUUCCCACCUAUCACCGACCGCUCCUACGGCAUGAUUACCAUGCGCUACUUACCUGGCCUUCCACUCUCCACACCUCCACCUCCUCCAACCCCAGCCAAUACUCAACUUCUUCUCAUUCAGCAGAAGACUAUUUGGGAAAGUGUUCCACCAUUUUGGUGUUUUCCAAAAGGUCACGCUGAACCUGGCGAUGCGUCCACCAUUCAUACCGCCAUCCGAGAGCUCGAGGAAGAAACAUCUCUGAAGGUUAAACUUGAGGAUAUCAUGAGAUUGAAUUCAGCUGCAGACACCGGGGAAAUUGAGGGACAAGAUGCAAAGGACUGGGAUGGGAGUUUUUCUGAGAUAUACAUAAAUCCCGUUAGGAAGAAUGGAAAGGAGGUUAGGUACUGGCUUGCUUUGGUGGGGAAGGAAGAAGGAGAGAAGCAAAUUAAGCUACAGGAGAAAGAGGUUGCAGGGUAUAAGUGGUGUUCGUGGGAGGAAACAGCGGAACUAUUAACCUACGACGAGGCAAAAGAAAAGUUGAGGAGAGUCUUGGCCCGAUUUGAAGACUGUGGGAAGGUUUAAAUGGAGGCCAAGAUUAGAUUCUGAAGAGACCACUAAGGUCUUAAAACUGGACUAAGUUUUUUCGUACCAUUAGGCUGCGCAAAAAUAACCCGCGGUUUGCGGAUAUCCAUGGGUUAUCCGCCCCGCAGGUUACCCAUUAGAUCUAUACCCGCCCCCGCGGAGCCCCAUUGGGAUUUUAAAAUAAUUCGCUGAUUCAUAAAUAU